AUGGCGGCGACACAAACUAUUCAAGUUCCCCACCUGGGCGGUAUCAAGGCCGGUUAUGCCCUCUCCAAUGACCACUACGAUCCCUCCAAGCCGACAUGCGUUCUGAUCAAUUCUAUGUGCAUGACCGUCUCUCUCUACCAUGAUCAAUUCAAUAACAAGGAGCUGACCGACGCGAUGAACCUCCUGGCCAUUGAGCCAUUGGGUCAUGGCGCGACUAGUUGUCCCUCCGAACAUUUUACCUAUUGGGAUUCGGCCAUCAUGGCAUUACAGGUGAUGGAUCACUUUGGGAUCCAGAAGGCAUUCGCCCUGGGAACAAGUCAGGGAGGAUGGAUGGUGACCCGGAUGGCACUUCUCGCACCAGACAGGAUCCUCGGUCUCAUGCCCCUGGGAACAUCCAUGGAUUACGAAUCAGCUGAUUCUCGGUCCAAGGGAUGCUGGGACCCCGCAGCCAGUUUGACAGCCUUCUAUGACAAGUGGACGAGCCCUUUGGCCACACCUGACUUUGUUGUCGAUGAUGUUUGGUGCGGUCUGGUAGGAGGCAUUGGCUUCGGGGCUGCGGCCACCGCGGAGAAAUCUGCCUUCUGGACCCAAACCCUGAAAGAGGUGUACAAGGGUGAUGAGGGACGAAAGAAGGUGCGCAUGGCGCUCAAUUGCCUCCUGGAGCGAGACGGACUGUUGCUCCGACUGAGGGACAUCAAAUGUCCUGUUUAUUGGCUACAGAUAAGGGCACUGAGGAUACACCAUUUGGAACCGUCGUUCCUGCGGAGCAAAUCAAACUUUUCACUGCUUCCCCGGAGGCCAAAUUGGUCAUGA